AUGGUCUUGAUUAAUGGUACAGAAGGAAUCGGAACUGGCUGGAGUACUUCUAUUCCAAAUUAUAAUCCUAAUGAUAUCGUCGAAAAUUUAAAAAAUUUAAUGGCAGGAAAAGAGUUAGUGCCCAUGACCCCCUGGUAUCGUGGCUUUAUGGGAAAAAUUGAAAAAAUAGGGCGUGAUAAGUAUAAAGUUAGCGGAAUUAUCGAAAGAGAUACCGUAGAUGAAUCCGUGAUUCAUAUUACAGAAUUACCAAUUAAAACUUGGACGCAUAAUUACGAAAAUGAGUUAAAGAAAAUGAUGGGCGGCGAUGAUAAUAAAACAACCGGGUAUAUUAAGAAAUAUCACGAUGAAAGUACUUUCUGGAGACCAAAUUUUGAAGUUACAUUAGAAGACGAGUUGAUUAAUGAUCCUGAUGAAGAACUCGAAAAAAAAUUCAAGACCAGCUCCAACCUCUCAACUUCUAAUAUGGUGUGUUUUGACAGAGAAGGUCGUCUGAAAAAAUUUGGGUCGGCUGAAGAAAUUCUUACUGAAUUUUAUCAUCUUAGAUUAGAAUAUUAUUUCAAAAGAAAGGAUUAUUUAGUAAAGAAAAUCGAGCAUGAAUGUAAAAGAUUACAGAAUAAAAAUAGAUUCAUUAAGAUGAAAAUUAAUGGCGACCUGAAAUUUGAAGGAAUGAAAAAGGUUGCAAUCGUAAAUUUACUAGAUUCAAAAGGAUUCGAUCGAAUUACUAGUAAAGACGAUUCUGAUACAGAGGGAGAAAGCGAAAAUAGAAAUGGAUUUGAUUAUCUUAUGAGAACACCUGCAUGGAGUUUCAGUGAAGAAGAAGCCCAAAAAUGUGAUGAUCAAUAUAAACAAAAAUGUGAAGAACUUUCAGUAUUACGUCAAACACACCCGAAAGAACUUUGGUGUGCUGACUUGGACAAAUUCUCGGAAGAGUGGGAGGGUGUCGAAGAAGAAUUCAAUAGAAUAGUUGAUGAAGCUUCAAAACGGGAAAUCGGAUGA